CUUAUAAUUAUUUUUGUCUGUUUGUCAUGUUAUUGUCAUAUGACAAAUGAUAGUAAAUUAAUUAUGUGAUCCUUAAUUAAUUAACAUAUUUUAGAAAAAAUUUUACGACUGCAUAAGCAUUGUUUUUAGUAGUUUCGAAUAAUACAGAAAAUACUGAGAAGAUGGCUUUUAAGCAGGAUUCUUGGAUGAUAUCAUAUAAUGCUUGUGAAGCCCUGGGCAGAGAAGUUAUGGAAAAAAUUUCUUACCGUAAUCAGCAGCAUAAAAACAGUGUAGCAAGCAGUAAGGCCAGUGCACAUGCUAGGAAACUAAUCAAGAAAUAUGAUGACAGUAUGAAAUCUUUGAAGCAAACUCUAUUAGCAUCAAAAAGUCUACUCACUGAAGGUGAAUUUGAAAGACGACAGAGGCUUCUCGAUACGUUGUCAAGCAAACGAGUGCAGAUCGAUGAUGCAUUUAACUACAGAGAAGAAGGUGGAAGCAGAAAUGCUUUGCUUAGUGGAAAUCUUAGUGGGUAUUCUUCAAAUGUUUGGGAUAUAGAAGAAAGUGAAGCAACAAAGGAUCUCACAGUUGAUGAAAUCAGAGAGCAACAGAAACUAGCAAUUAAAGAGCAAGAUAAGGGUCUUGACACAUUAUAUGAUGUUGUAGUUCGUCAAAAACAAAUGGCUCAAAAUAUUGGGCAGGAACUGGAUUUGCAGAAUGAAAUAAUUGAGGACAUUGUCGACCAUGCUGAUGAUACGAGAAAGCGUCUAAUAACAGAAACUAGACAUGUAGCCAUUGUAGAUAGAAAAUCAGGAUCAUGUUGUUAUUGGGUAAUAAUAAUAUUACUCUUCAUUGCCAUUGCAGUUGUUGCUUUAAUUCCCGGGAAAUAGGAUUAAUUGCAAAUGAGAGGUUUUUUUAAGCGCAGACAGAGUAACUGGACAUGGAAAUUCUAUAUAUUUUGGGAAAAGAAGUAACCAAAAAGCAAGUUGUUGAAUAAAGUCACCUAUUUUAUGUAUAUUUGUUUUUAUAUGUGCAUUAAAUAUUUCAUAAUAAAGUAUUUAAUUUACUAAGAA